ACCAAGCAACACUUGAGCUCACCAUAUCUAAUCCAUAUCCUCUCCCAAGCUAGCUGGAAGCAACAAUGGCGAAAUCUUUCACCUUAAUAGCGCUACUUAGCGCACUGGUUGUGCUUUCACUUCUUGUGAGCCCCAUUGCUUGUUCCCGCAAGCUCCCCAAGCGUGCAACCAAGGCCCACAAGAACCACACCGCUUCUACCCCCUCGUCGUUUGCCGCUUAUGGCUCCGGCGGCUGGUUAGCCGGCGGCGCGACGUAUUACGGCGCCCCCAACGGCGACGGAAGCGACGGUGGCGCGUGUGGCUACCAGAGCGCUGUGGGGAACCGGCCGUUCUCGUCGAUGAUCGCCGCCGGGAACCCGUCGCUCUACAGAGAUGGCAAGGGCUGCGGAGCGUGCUACGAGGUCAAAUGCACAGGCAACCAGGCAUGCUCCGGCCAGCCGGCAACCGUCGUCAUCACCGACGAGUGCCCCGCCGGGGCCGCCUGCCUCGGUGAGGCCGCCCACUUCGACAUGAGCGGCACCUCCAUGGGCGCCAUGGCGAAGCCUGGCAUGGCCGACAAACUCCGGGCCGGCGGUAUCAUCAAGAUCCAGUACAAGAGGGUGCCAUGCAAGUACCCUGGCAUGAACAUUGCCUUCAAGGUGGACCAGGGCUCCAACCCCUACUACCUGGAGGUCCUGAUCGAGUUCGAGGACGACGACGGCGACCUCAACGCCGUGGACCUCAUGGAGGACAACUGCGGCACCUGGACGCCCAUGGCGCAGAACUGGGGCGCGCUGUACCGCCUCAACUCCAACACCGGCAAGCCGCUGCGCGGGCCCUUCUCGCUCCGGCUCACCUCCGACUCCGGCAGGAAGCUCGUCGUCAACAACGUCAUCCCCGCCAGCUGGAAGGCCGGAGCCACCUACCGCUCCUUGGUUAACUACCCCUAAGUUACAGCCUCAUCUACUUUUUUUCACUGCACCGUACGUGCUUGGCUAGUAACCAAGAAGUGCAGUGCAGAGUGUGGUCGUGGUAAUUUAGAACCGUGGGUUAAUUUCUACUGCGGGGAUUGUAUUUAUACGUAUAUGCGUCCGGGAACGGCAGGAGGCUGUGUCAGAAGAGGAGGAGUAGGCCAUGCAAAGAUUGUGCUAGCUCUUCCCUCCAUGGUCUCUCGGCACUCCCCUAGUGAUGCGUGUCGUCGAUUUGUCUGUAUUUUGUUUCUCUUCCUCUGUUUUGUUGAUGAGGAGAAAAGCUUGUAGUGCAGUGCAACUAAAAUUGCACGCCGAUGUAUCAAGUUGUGUGAGUGUGUGAUUUUGCAGCUCAAUCCUUGAGAGAAAUGAAAUUUUACCAUCAGAUAAUUUAUGUA